AUGCGAAGAACUAAAGAGACGGUCAGCUCUUUGGGAAAGGCUGUACUCAUUACAGGCUGUGACACCGGUUUUGGUAAUCGAUUAGCACUUAAACUAAACCGAAAUGGCUAUCGAGUGUACGCAACAGUGCUGUCCGUCGGGAGUAAAGGGAGCCAAGAAUUGGCCGAAAGGGCGACUUUUGUCGACAAAAUGCAUGUCUUGGAAAUGGACGUCACGGACGACACACAAGUGUUGGACGCAUACAAACACGUGAGAAAGGAUGUUUUACUAUCGAGACCAGUGGUGGGCUCAUCGAUGCACAGGAUGUUAGGCUUAAUAAGUUUGGUUAUCUCGACAGCUAUAGCCAGUCGUCUUUGUUCACCUCCACUGCAUUUCUCGACAGUUGUGUCGCGAAUAUCGGUAAUCAUAAAGUCUGUCAAAACAUUGUCGACAAUGGAGUGGUGGUCGACACUCUUCUCGUUACUUCAAACACAUAAUCAACUGUUCUCUGGAGUGUUGGCCCACAAAACAAGAUUCAAUCUCUCGGUUAGCAUUGAGAUAAAACCGCGAACUCUUGUCCAGACCUUUGGUGUUAAGUUUGCCAUUAAUACAUUUGAGCAAGUAAUUCAAAAACACAAACUUAAGAUCAAUUAUGGGGGAUUAACAGACGUUGGUUCUAUAUACACGUGA